AUGAACAAGCAGCAGUUGCUGGGCGCUAUCGAAACCGUUGAUGCUUUCUUCCGCGCUUCCGAGGCAAACCGCACGGCUGGCUGUGCAUUUCGCCUUGUCCUUAUGUAUGAACUGUUCAACGAUACUCGGGCAGCCAGCACCUUGUACCCGCUCAACACCUUGCGCAACUACGCGCGACUUAUGGCAGAUACGGACCUCAUAACAAACGUUGAUGUGGAUUUGCUGCCUUCCAUGUCCAUCUCUUAUGCGCUGGCUGACCCAGGAAUCCUGGCAAACUACACGGAAGGCUGCCGCAGCGGUCGCGCCUUCGUUUGGCCAGCAUUUGACACCCACUGCAAUGGUACAGAAUACGCGGACUUCAUUGCGAUGGACGGCCGGCCAGCACUUAAUGAAGGCCUCCAGAAAUGCGUUACAAUGUUUUCGUACAAGAACCCCGUCUUCCACAACGCCACGAACUACCAGCGGUGGCUCACGAGCCGUGAGACGUACGACAUCGAGUACAACUUGGAGUACGAGCCUUGGUACUUGAGCUGGCGCUGGGAUACACCCUGGUUCGACUUCAGGUAUCGCGGCUAUGGGUACAACAAGUGCAUUCAGGCGUUGGCCAUGAACUCCACCGGCGCCAAGUGGCAGGUGUCGCCGCACGGCUUCGUGAUCCAUCGCCCGCACGAGCGCACGAACUUACGCAAGCUAUACGUGCUGGAGAAGACUUCCCGCCUAGGUAUGAAGGCCUUGCACGACACGCUGUUCGGACACGUGUCGAAGCUCUGGGAGGAAGCCAAAGCGGACGUGGCGAGUUCCUCAGCUAGGCUGGAGGGCGUGCAAACGUAAGUACGUAAUAUUUUUUUCGCGGGUGUACAUACAAACGCACAUUUCGUCGUUCAUGUUGCUAAAUCUUUGCCUACUACACCAUUUAACCACCACCCCGCGGCGGCAUCUCUUUGCCAUCAUACUAAAAAAACACGAUACUACCUAAUUUCAAAAC